AUGCCCAUUGUUGCAUUUACUGCGGGAGAACCAACCCUCAAGGAGGUCCAAGAUAUAAUCAAGAAGGCUAGAUCCAAGUCAGCACCAGGCCCAAAUGGAAUACCUUACAAGGUGAACAAGUCAUGCCCAAAACUGCUGAGACGGUUGUGGAAACUAUUGAAGGUGGUCUGGCGUAAAGGAGAUGUACCUGUGGAGUGGAAGCGAGCAGAAGGCAUCUUCGUCCCAAAGGAGGAGGUUUCCAAGGAUAUUGGACCGUUCCGGACAAUAUCAUUGUUGAAUGUGGAGGGCAAGAUCUUCAUGUCAGUGGUUGCCAGGCGUCUAACAACAUUUAUGACCAGUAAUGGGUACAUUGACACAUCAGCACAGAAGGGAGGUGUUCCCGGAUUCUCUGGCUGCAUUGAACACACAUGCGCUAUAAGCCAGUUAAUCAGGGAAGCUAAGAUCAACAAGACAGAUCUCACAGUUGUAUUGCUGGACCUAGCAAAUGCGUAUGGCACGGUACCCCACCAGGUAAUAGAGUUUGCUUUGAAACACCACCAUGUACCAGAACAUAUUCAGAGCAUCGUCAGAAGCUACUACAGUAACAUCAACAUGCGCUUCACAACAAAGAAAUUUACAACAUCCUGGAUACAGCUUCAGAAGGGGAUUGUAACCGGCUGCACAGUGUCAGUAAUACUGUUCAUUGCCGUUAUGAAUCUCAUCAUCAAAGCAGGAGACAGGGAGUCAAGGGGACCGAAGACCCAGACAGAUAUCAGACUUCCACCACAGAGGGGAUUUAUGGAUGAUCUGACUAUCACAACAGAGUCCCACAUACAAGCUCGAUGGAUCCUAUCAGCCCUUGAAGAUGUUGUGUCAUGGGUUAGAAUGACCUUCAAACCAAGGAAGUCAAGUUUUUUUAUCUUGAGAAGAGGCAAAAUCUGGCAGAAGAUAACACUCAGGGUACAGGGCGAGGAUAUCCCAUCACUUAUUGACAACCCCGUCAAGUGCUUGGGUAAAUGGUUUGACACCACACUGGUUGAUAGCAGAAAUAACACAGAGCGCAUCAGGCAGCAACUGAGGAAUGGGCUUGCAAAGAUAGAGGGAACGGGCCUACCAGGGAAGUUCAAGGCAUGGCUUUUUCAGCAUGGCCUCCUGCCCCGUCUUCUAUGGCCACUAAUGUUGUAUAAGACCAACAUCGACGGUUGA